AUGCCACCGCCCAACACAUCUUCUCCACAGGAUAUCAACAACAGUCUUCUGGAAGAUGACUCCCCGGAGGGAGAGUGCUCUCCGCUCUGUUCGGAUUCAGAAAUGCUGGGUAGUAUCCCAGUGAAAGGCUUGGUUAUUUCUCCAAAGAUGCUAGCUGGUGGAUACCAUCCCGGGGAGACGGCGCUGCUUCUGGGGAACCUGGAGGAACAGGAUUACCAUGAGGAACAGAACCAAAUGGAAGUGGCUUCCGCAGCCAUCUCCUCACCCAAACUAGCAGCACAGAACUGCACUCAAGUGGUAGUCGGUGGUAAUGGAGAGGAAAAUCCAGACUCUAACCAAAGUGAACACAAGGUAGAGAACCACAUGUUUACGCCAGAGAUCCAUCUAAUGCCAGGGGAUGGCAAUCACUCGCCAUCUUGCGAAACCGGUGGUGCUGCGGCUAGAAUUUCUCAUAAACUCCGCCCGCGCUACAGUCAGCGCUCGGCGGGAACGUUUGUUUUCAACAUAAACAUGGAAAUGGAGGGAUCGUCAAAUGAGAUAAUAUCCAGCACGACUGAUGAAAUCGAUUUAACUGAAGUCGAGGGUGUUGUCCAGUCAUGGCUGAUCGAUUAUUACUUCGCGUCACUAUGUCGGCUCUUCAGAGACAGAUCUGCGUUGGAGUUUCGUAAAACUUUGAAACUAUUUGAAAGUAUAGUGGAUGAUCUUGAGUCAUGUUCCCACAGGUCAGAUCAUCCCACUCAGAGAACGAUCUGCUGCUUCCUUGCCAGAGUGAUGGACGGGGAAGACCUGGACGUCCGUUAUGAUCACGUUGCUCGAAUCACUCCCUUGAUGUCAGCGCUGCCGAUUUGGGAGUCAUUAAAGGAAGUGUCUGAUUCAGACUUGCAUGCUAAGAUCAAGACGCUACUGAUUGUUCAGUCUGUCGCUGUGUGUGUGAAGAAAGGAAAUUCACAGUUGGCAAAGGAAACCCUGCGGUGGCUGGAAAAAGAGACUGAGAUACCAGCGAAACUACAAGGAAAGCUGACCACCAUUGUGAGUAAGAAGGAUGCAUACGAUCAGCUCCUGAUGAACUUCACUUUCAACCAGCUGUUGGAGAACGUCGACACGUUCCUCAACACGUUCAGCCAGGAACGGUCCUCUGGUUUCUUACUCGAAGCAGCAUUAAAAGUGGUUCAAGCCCGUCAUGAGAGGUCAGAGAAAACCUCAUCUGAACAGGAUGGAAGUGAAAGGACUCCAUCCAGCCCAGAGUCAAACAAACCAGAAGAAAAUGAGGUGCAGGUGGAUCCACUGGUGUUAAAUAUAAGACCCAAAAGGAAACUUCUUUCCAAACAAAUUCAUGACCUGUGGAAACCUGAAACUGCCAAGAAAGAGCAAACCACACGCAAGAGAACCUCCAUUUGCAAGAUUUCCAGGAGAAGUAGUGUCUCUUCAGAAUUACAAAGCAAUGUUAGUGUGACAAGCCAACUCAGGAGGAAAUGGACUGCAGAAGAAGAUAGGAAGCUGAAAGCAGGUGUGAGGAAGUAUGGGGAGGGCAAAUGGAGAAUGAUCCUGAAUGACUUUGAGUUUGACAACCGCACCGGUGUAAAUCUUAAGGACAGAUGGAGAAUCCUGAAGAAAAUGGAAGACUACUGAGCUACUGGCGGCUUCUGCUUUUAGUAUUUAAAGAUCUUUAGAAUUUAAGGUUUCAGUAUUUAAGCUGUUCUGAUGUCAGACACUUUUUGAAGAUAUAUUCCUGACAGUGUGUCAGAGGUUUCUUUCUUUUUUGGUUAAAUUUACAUAAUCCGUUUCAAGGAAUUGAACUGAAAGUUCUAUUGUUAUGCAUGUAAUUUCACAAAAUAAAUUUGGAAGUCAGGAGCACCAUUUUGUAAAUUGAAAGUAAACUAUUUAGCAGAAGUAUUACUGCUGAAAAAACAAAUUAAAAAGCUUUCUGUUGCUGUUUGUUAGAACUGACCAAAUGUUUCCACUAGGGGUUGCAAGUGA